AGUUGCUAUAAGUUCAGCGGCGCUGCGCACAGUGCAAGCAUUCUUCAAUACCAAUUGAAGACAGAAAGUUUAUAACACUAAAGUUGCCCUAGCACUAAACAUGCGGCGAGUUCUUAGAGUUGCGAUUGUUAUUAUUGGAGUUUGUGCCCUGCCCCUUGCUUUGAGCAACUCUAAACAACAGCUUGAGCACAAUGCGCCAGACGUUAAAAAGGUUUUCGAGGGCUUUAAGGCCGGUCUUGCCCUCUCCGACAUCGACAACGACGGUGACCUUGACUGCGUAACGGCUACGCAGGAGGAUUACAAUGCCAGCGUGCCAAGUGUAACAUACGUGUGGCAUCUCCAGGCCGUGAACGGACACGAAGCGCGAAAUAUUUACUUCUAUGUCCGCGCCGCCGAUGCCCCUGGCCAGAUCCUUUUCAAGGACAAAAAUGUUGAUGGGCCUCUUCAAGAGGGUACAGUAUUCUAUUCUGACUACAAGGACUGCAUCGUGAUAGGUUUGCCUUACGGAAACUCACAAGAAUGCAUGCUGUGGAUAUCUUGGGAAGCGAAGAACAACGUUCCGCAACGUUGCACAGAGGAAUAUCAAGACGCGUGCGAUGACGCUAAAAUGACAUUUGAUGAUGAGACCUGCAGCCCUUUCUUCGAACUCAACGGAUCAUAGGACUGUUCCAACAAUGACGCAUGGAGCUUAUUCAUUGCACUACAGCACGUCGCUUCGGUAAUCUCUGAAAAAUAGGUUUCUCACGCUUACAUGGCAUCUCGCACAUUGCUGUAGAGUAGCAACUAUAAGCUUAAUCGUGAUUGAUGGGGUAGAGCGAACUUUCAAGGCUUGGAACAAUAAAAUCACAGCUGAAAGGCACCUCAGUAGAAGCGACAACUGUCCUUAAUGGUGCGUUGUACACUCGAGCUUAGAUGAGAAUAGGGACGAAGGCAUAAAAAUCCAUAAAGUACCCUUCAUCAAGAACUACAUAAAGAACAUAAAAAAAGAAACUAUUUAUUUCUUGGAAGUCUAGUGUCUACGUCCUUGCAAAAGCGUAUAAUUAUGUUUGUUGUGCGCCGAUGCAGGCUAACACAGCGUAUUAUUACCUCGUAACUUAGUUGACUACUUAAACAUGGUGGGACAGCACAAUGACGUGAUAUUCUGGCAAUGGAACUAUAGAAACUACGGAGAAAAACAAAGCAAACUAUGGUUCCACAUACAAAACCUUAAAACAAUGUCUCCCACAUUAUUCUCUUGCAAGAAACACUGGGUAAUGUUAAACUGCCGAACUAUGGAACCUAAGAAAACAUAAUUUCAGAGAAAUACGAAAUCGCCACAUUAGUCUGGAGAAAUAUAAUACCGAUAGAACAUGACCUGGACAUGCCUUACUUGGAUUGUCUCCUAGUAGAACUAAUGCCAUUAACCGUAAGCAUAUGCGACACAUUCAUGUCUAAUGUAUACAGCAGCCCGAAAUGAGUGCCGCCUACCAUUAUUGAAGCAAUAAAGAGCACUCAAAAUUUCUAAAUAGAAUGCACUAGUCAUAGAAGGGGACUUAAAUGCGCAAAGCAAGGCCUGGGGAUAAAGAGCCAAUAACAAGAAAAGCCCGCACCUCUGGAAUAGAAUCCACGAAGCGCGCCUUACGCUACACGCGGACAUUCACCCCUACUAGAAUUGACUGGAGCACACAGGUUCGCACAUCCCAGGACCUCACGCUGACAGCAUACAUAGGGCAAAUAAAACUGCCGAACGCCAUGACUAACCUAGCUAGUGGGCACUACAUAGUGGAUACUACUAUAACUGCCAAAAGCCUGUCAGGUCGAGACAAAAAACCGGCCCAAAUUACGGACUGGCACGAACUCAGGCAACUCAUAGAUCAAAAUGCAGGGAAUAGUUCACGUCGACGUCGCGGAAUACCCAAGUAGAGAUGCCUUCCUUAUCGGCAUGGUCAACAAUCAACGUCAGGCCCACUCCGCAGCAACAGGUGGCUGCAUGCAUGCAGAAGAAGCAGAAGACGGAGCUGUAGCUCUGGCUAAUAAUGGCACCACCGGGAAAAUCAAUUUUACCGAUUAUAAACUGCAGUUACAAACCUUGCCAGCGGCAAAAUCCACAUGCAAGCCUACAAAUUCUAAAAAAAUAUCCUCCACCUGAUCACUAGAUCCAGAAUGUGCCGGGAUCUAGAUCAUCUGGACCCCGGCACAUAUCUCGCACCGAGGAAAUGAGGCUGCCAACAAUUAUGCCCGACGUUUCGUUCGCCAGUUGGUUGGAGGCCUCCACCUGGGUUCAGCCGGGAACGCAUGGUGACGUUCCACGAAAUUAGUAUGCACUACCAUGAAGGUAGAAAAAAAUAUGGCUUUCACAAAAAUCACUGGAUAAAUUACAACAGGUCUCCUGGAGACAGUCGCAGACUGACUCAUUUGCCAACCUUUACAACUAUUCACUAAUACAUCUCGGCUGCUUUUCACCUAAAUGCAAGAACUGCGACGCCCAUAAGGCGAACCUGACACAUGUAAUAAGUGAAUGCCCCAGGUUAAAGCCUAGGGCGGAAGUCCAACUUAAUAACACUUCAUGCUGGAAGACAGCGGUGCCCUGCUCGGGUCCCCCAGUCCAGCUGGGGAUCGUCAACUGGGCCUCGAAGAUAGCGAAAGUCGAGGGCUUACGGCCACCUCACCUCGCGCCGCCUGGAAGAAAAAAUGAUCCAGUAAUUCAAAGAAUGUAUAAAUUCACAAUGUGAACUAUUGAGACAUAAGCUAAUGCAAAAAAAAAAAGACAGGACAUGACGCUACAUGAAACUGGAAGUUUAUUCGGAAGGUUAGAGAUUGUAUCAACCCAACAUGUUCUAUGUCAUCACACGUCAUCAUACGGCAUAAUAAAUCCCCAAAAAACAAAAGUGACAAAUGCUAGCCCGCCGAAAUAAUGUCCAGGUGCUAGGCCGUGCCUAGAAAAUAUAUUUCAGUCUCAUGGCGUGCUAUAGAACAGACACCCAGCCCUUUUUUCUUCAUCUCGUGAGCCUUUACAACUUCUCUCGUUGUUUGAUCUGUGUCCAUAAAAGGCUAAGGUAUUGUCAAACUUGGGUGUGCGCUUGACUUGCAAGUUGCAGUCUCUUCCGUGCAUUGCAAGAUGUAUGUGUGGAAUCCCUUUUUUAAAAUUGGAAUGUUUUUUCUGACUAGUGUUAAGGCAUUGGCCAGUUUGACCCACAUAUGUUUUUCCACGCGAGAAAGC